UGUAGCUUCAUGUUUAUGUGGUGCUGCAGGUUAGUGAACAUGUCGUUCACUGUUUUUGCUUCCACAGACCGGCGGGACGCUCUCGCCUCAGCGGCAGGAGGAAGCUCAAAGCUCACCUGGUGGAGGUGGGGCAGAGGAUGGUGGCGUUUGUAUCCGGGCUGCUGAUCGCGUCUCUGUACGGACUCAUGACUCUCCUCCUGCAGAAACAGCCGCUGUGGUUCUGCGCCCACACCACGCUGGGCUUGGCCGGUCUGGCAGCGUUCGGUAUGGGGCUGUCAGUCAGAGUCAGGGCCAGCAUCAUGGUGAUGCUGCCCUCCAUGUGCUCAGGUCAUGGCAGGAACUUCCUCCUCCUCAUGUUCGUGUCGCUGCUUGUGUCCGGUCCGCUCAGCAACACGUUGGACAACACCGAGCGAGCCGCCUCCAGCCUGCUGUGUGGAGCUGAGCUGGCAGCCAAUCAAACGCAAGAACUGAUGCAGAAAGCAGCCACGCCCCUCUUCUCCGUGUUGGACCACAUCAGGGAGAUCAGCAGAAACGCUUACGCCGUCGCGGGAAGAGUCCAGAACUUCAUCUACGCUAUGACAGACAGCAUCCGCCAUGUUGCUCGCGCGCUGAGGAACGUCCUGCGCUUCCUGGCCGAUAUCGGUGACAUCUGUAACGAAAAGAUGGGAACUCCGUACAGGAAGUGCCGGUCACUGUUUGAGGAAGCUCGAAGCGACUGCUCUGAGCUGCUGGGCGACUUCAACUUCCUGUGCGACAUCGUGGACGGCUUCCUGCCGCUCUGCAACCUGGCCCGCGCUGGCGAGUUCUUCUGCGUCAUCCCUUCCUACAUCGCCGACCACCUGAGGAAACGUCUCGCGGCUCCUGUCAUCGCAGUGUUUCAGAAGAUGAAGCGUGAGUUUGAGUUCAACAUCUCCGCCUCACUGGACUUUGACCUGGAUGCCAACAGCAGCCAGUCUCUGCACCAGAUGUCUCAGAGCAUCAUGGCAGAGAUUUCAUCAGAACUUCAAGUGUUUCAGAAGCUGAGUGGACCGCUGGCGUACAUCGGCCUCGUCCUGCUCGCCUGCUCCUUCCUGAGGGCAGUGCAGUACAGACACAGGUACCUCCACGAUAUUAAAUUUGAUAACAUCUACAUCACUGCUCAGUUUAAAGACCUUGACCAAAGGGUGACCUCAGUAGGCGGAGCCUCUGUGUUUCCAAUCACGCGCAGAGAGGCCAAGACCUACAUUACACCACUGUCGUUUCAGCUGACGUACAGAGAGCGGCGGGUGGUGAUGGCGGGCUUGGUUUCGGUCUUCAGGCACCUGAUCGUAGGCAGCCUGCUGGUGGCGCUGGACUUCCUGGUGUUCUGGAUUCUGGAUCAGGUGCACCACCAGGUGACGGAGGACAUCGUGGCCAGAGUUCCGGUCACGGUGGCGGUCCAGGUGAACGGGUCGGGUUACGCCUCAGACAUCUACAGAGACGUGGUGGCCUCGUUCAACAUCCUGCAGCGGGGAAACAUCACCGUGAUCAGCAAGAAGUGCCUGCUGGAGCCGUCAGAACCAAACUACAACACGUGUUUCAUCCUCGGCUUCCUGUUGGGUUUGGCUCUGCUUGUGUCUCUGACCAGCGGAUUCAUGCAGCGCUGCAGACGCCUCAUCUGUGCUUCAUAUCAUCCUGAGAGAGAGCAGGAGAGGAUCCGGUUCCUCCGCCAGCACAUCCUGGAUCAGAGGAGGGGGGUGCGCAGAGCCCUGAGGAGGUCUGCGGGCAGGAGCACAACCGACCAGGGAGGAGGAGGAGGAGGAGGAGGAGGACGUCUCCAUGCUCUGCUGAUACGGUUACCUGGAGGAGGUCACCUGUCUCACCUGCUGGGCUUGUCGACACCUGCCUGCUGUCUGGUCUGUGGAGAGGUGCUGGGGCUGCGUGACCUGAGCGCAGUCAUCUGUGAUGCCCCGCACUGUUCAGGCGUGUACUGUCGGCCGUGCUUCCAGAGUUUGGGGAACACGUGUGUCAUCUGUGUACGACCUCUGACCUUCCAGGAAGACAGCGAGGAGGAGCUUGAAGCAGACCUGAUGUACCAGGACAAACCCGGGUCAGGCGAGUCCGACAGCGACCACUCCUUUAACUCUGCUCUCUCAGAGCACGAGUCCCUCGUCUCAGUCGUCAUUCACGGACCCGACCGUGCUCAAAACCUCCAGGACCUUCCACAACCAUCGGAUUCUCUCCGGGCUCCGUCUCCCGGACCAUGA